CUCCCUCUCGGGCGCUCUCUGCCGCUGGUUGCCAUUGCCCUGUGGUUGCCGUUGAGCUUGACCCGAUGUCAUCGGAGGUGGAGGAAGAGGAGCUUGAUUACCGAUUGUGGCUGAAAGGCCAAGCCGAGCAGGCGGAAGGAGUGGAGGACAUGGACUUCCUGCACACCUACUGGAAUGACCCGAGUCUGGACGAGGGCGAGAGAUUCCUCAAGGACUACGUCCUCAACCGCAAGUACAUCGACCGCGACAGCCGCGGUGACGACGGCGGCGGCAGCGGCGACAGUGAUGACGGUGGUGGUGACCGACAGCAAGGGUAA